AUGAAUAUAAACUCUGCAGGCGAUUUUGACGAUGAUGAUAUUGUUUCGGCUGUGGAAAAUGCUGUUUCACAAAAUUCUCCAUUAGUUGUGGAAAGUUCGGCAAGUUCAUCAACUUCAGCUGUUGCAAAAAGAAUAGCAUUUAUUUUUGAUUCUUCUCUCACUGCCUUUUUGAUGAUGGGAAAUUUAUCUGCUACUCUAAAAAAUCAUGCAAUCACGUUGUUUGAGGUUGGUAAGCUAAGUGAAGAUGCUAUGGAUAGUUUUAUUGACGAACUUCAAAAUGUUAAUUUCUUUGCUGAAGGUGAAGCACAGCGUUAUUCGGAGCAUGCUAGAACUUUGCUAUAUACAAUUCAAUCAUUAAGAAGCGUUUCUGAAAUGGACCUUAUACGAGGAGAAAGUCUUUUAAAUUUAGAAAGUGCAGCACGUCUUAGAGUAAUUGAAAAAUCUUACAAACUGCUCGUUUCGAUGGCUCCAAUCGGUGCUGAAGCGUGUUGUUUACAUUCGGCUAAACUUCCUCAUUUGGGAACUGCCGCGUCAUUAACAUCUCCUUGGUUUCGACUUUUUAUAUACGAAUUAGCAACAUGUGGUCCUCCUUCAAUUUUCCUACCUAUGGGCACUUAUAUCACCAAACUUCCUAAACUCUUCUGGAAAAGUCGUCGUUUAAUGCUUACUCAAGGAAACAAUCAUGAACCUGUUAUUUUACCUAUUGAAAGUUCGCUUAUUCCUGUAGGAGAUGCUUUGCUUUCUGCACCAGUAUUUUUACAAGCUUAUAGUGAACUUGUAUCUGAUGCUGAAAUUGUAAAUGUUCCAUUUCCUUUUGAUAUAGAAAGUGAAGAGAGAAUUAUUAAUGGAUCUAUUCAAACAACAGAACGUGAACAACAACAAUCGAAUAUAGAAUGUCUACAACCAUUUACAAGACAUCCAGUCGUUCAAAGGUUGCAAUCUUCUCUUGGUUUAGAUUAUCUUUGUGGUUAUAUUGUACUUUUAAAAUUGCACAACACUGAUGAUCCUUCUCAACCUUUAUUUGAAGAUGAGGAGAAUAAUGAUAAAAAUGAAAGUGAACAACAACGUCCUUCAGAGAAUGAUGAAUUUUCAACUUCUAAUCGAUCGACGUUAAUACCCUCACCAAAUUCUGCUUAUUCUCUAAGUGUUUUUCAAUUAAGCAAUACAAUUACAAAGGAUCCAAAGAAAGUUUCAACCAGUCGAACACAUUUAUGUCGUGGGGAGUCAUUCAAUGAUUAUGUUCUCUUCGACUGUGUUUUCGGCAUUCCAUUGUUUGAUGAAUCAUUAAACAAAACAAUUUGCCAAAGAAUCUUACAGAAAGGUUUACUCACUCCCGACAAUUUUGAGAAUUCACGUUCUUCUCUGCAAAGGAUAGAGGAAUUAAUAAGGAAAUUUAUUUCAAGAUUUCGAAAUCCUUCACUUGACGAACAAAAUGCAAUUGUUGGAAUUGAUUCUCCACCAAUUCCUUAUCCAACAACAAAUGUUUUUUUCGAUCCAGUGGAUGAGGAUGGGAAAUGUGGGUCAAAAGAUUUAAAUUUUUUGUAG